AUGGGUUUCGCUAACGCCAAGUUCCCUGCCUCUGCCGCUUUCGACGUCAUCGACAGCGUCCUGUCCGGCUCCGACGCCGAGCGCAAAGACGCCAUCAAGCAGGCCAACGGCGUCUUUGCCUUCACCCUCAAGAACAAGGCUGGCGAGACUGAGAGCUGGCACGUCGACCUCAAGGAGUCCGGCCGUGUUGGUACCGGUGUCGGCAAGCCCACUGGUAUGGUUUCGUCACCUCCCCCCCUCUUCCUUUUUGACCUACAAAAUCUACCAUCAUACCGUCUUGUCUUGGGCCCGAUGCACAGAUGGAUAGGGGGGAAACGAAUUGAAGCUAACUCAUGGCAAAAAGUCACCCUCCUCCUCUCCGAGGAAGACUUCGGCAAGCUCGUCGAUGGCUCUGCCAACCCCCAGCGUCUGUUCAUGUCCGGCAAGCUCAAGAUCAAGGGCGACAUCAUGAAGGCCACCAAGCUCGACCCCAUCAUGAAGAAGGCCAAGUCCAAGGCUAACCUGUAA